AUGAAGUUCCUCGUGCUGUCCGCUCUGCUCGCCGUCUCGUUGGCCAUCACUGUUGAGGAAGUCGACACCAAGGAGACCACCAUCGAGAUGGUCAUCUUCCCCGUCGAUGGCUCCGGUGAAGGCAGCGGCUACGGAUCGGGAUACGCCAGUGGCUCUGAAGACUCUUCGGAAUAUGGAUCAGGAUACGCCAGUGGUUCUGCUGAAGCCAGCGGCUAUGGAAACGGAUAUUCCAACGGCUACGGAAGCGAAUAUGCCAGCGGUGAACUCGAAGAGAUCGAAAUUGUCAAGAUCGAGGAGAUCGAAAUCGAGUUCGGCUCGGGCAACGAAGAACAUGACCGCUCUCCUCGCCAGGCCAAUGCCAGCGCCACCGAGGCCCCUGCUACCACCAGCCAGACUACCACCGACGACGACAAGAAGUGCACCAUUGCUGCUCUCUGCGAGUCUGACGAUGAGUGCAAUGGCGGUCAGUGCCUUGGACUUGCUCCUGGAAAGUGCAACUGCAAUGCUUGCCUCUCCUUCCUCGCCUGCAAGUCCGACGCUCACUGUGGAGGACUUACUGGCGCCUGCAACAAGAACUCUAGCCUCUGUGAUUGCCAAGGAGCCUUGACCAAGCUCGGGUUCGCCAACUUGAUCGAGUCGGCCACAAAAUUCUGCAACGUGAAGACGUGCAAGGACAAUGAGUGCAAUGGACUGCCCUGCAACAAGGGUUUCUGCUCGUGCCCCGCCAAGAAGGACGAG